AUGGAGGAACUAUCAGGGUGGCCUUAUAAUGAAAAACCUGGUAGAAGGGAGAGGUUUGGAGACAGAAGUGAUGUUUGCUACCUUGACCAAGGAAGAAAUCAUUAUGAAAAUGUUCCACGUGUAAGACCUAAUGUGCUUAGGACCCACUCUUGUAACUUUGAGAUAGUAGAUGAUAGGGUUCGAGAUGACAAGAGAUCUGAAAUCCGUAGGAUCUCUAAUUUGGAGUCCACUAAGAAUAGUAUAGGAAGCAAAUCAAUAGGUUCUCAAACAAACAGGAAAAAAUCCAAUCCUUCAAUAGUAGUGCGCCCUUUCAAAGAUGUUCUAGGGGAAACAUAUGAACCUCGUAGGUUGGUCAAGCCGGAUGAUAGUAUCUCAUCCAAAGGCCAGACAAGGGUAACGUCAAGUAGUUGUUCUGGAUCAGUUGGUGGGAAGCAAUCUCCACAAAUGAUAGUUAACUUGAUGGAUUUUGGUUUUGAACCAGAAACUGUUGGUCCACAAACACAAGAAGAAACUAAAUCAAGUGACGCUGACAAUGGAGCAUCCGGUUCAAGUAAUUUUGAAUCCCUAUUGUUUGCAUUCUCCGAUCCUCUUACUCCUGCAGAUACAACAUAUGCUUUACAUAAUGCUUGUGAUGAUACUGCUACUACUUCUAACGCAACCAACAUCACUGCCACCAAGUCUAUGCCCUGUUUCCAGAGUGCGAAUUGGGUUUCACCAGAUCUUCCAGCCAAAUCAAAUACCAUUUCCCGCCAAGAACUCCCAGAGGACCUUUUUUCUUCAAGCUAUAACUGGCAAGGAGUGAACACACAUAAUAAUUAUACAAUGCAUGUAGCAACUUCUUCCAAUUCAACCGAAUCAAGAAAUCCCUUUGACCUAGAUGAUGACGACAUAUUAGCCUAUAAUUCAAUGGUAUGUAAAAUUCUCAUUUCAUUGUGAUGAAGUGGUUAUUUUUUAUGCACCCAUACAAAAAUUUCUAAAGUCUUUGGAAACCGGAUAAGAGAAUUUUUUUUUGGGUGAAACUAUGAGAAAUUUUCAUCAUAAGGCCAUGCUCAGUGAGGUACUUAAGUUUAAAUAUCUAAGACAUCUGUGUUUCUGAAUUUGUGCUUAAAGAAAAAG